CUUAUCUAAGGGCUGGACCGCUCAGAUAUCUGUGUCGCGGGAUACAGCAGACAAGGGUUAAAAUUUAAAGGGAGGGGCUGCCCAAAAAUGGCUGACACGCACGACACAGAGCGUCCGAAGGAGGACGAGUAACACUUAAAAUCUUUUUACUUUUCAUCGUACUGACCAAUUGACAUUGUUUAACUUUAAUUGAACGAUGUUUAGCUGAUCGAUAGUUAUUAUGUUUAAAUUAAAGAGUUAUCUGCGGGGAAUUCUUAGACCACCUCCGGUAACUGUAGUUCUAAUCACCUGUGUUGAAAGAUUAAAAGUCAGGCGAGAUGAUGUAGCACCAACAAAGUAAAUUAAUUGACAAGUUAAGGAGACUGAGAAAAUGCGUGGUGUCUCGCUGAGGCUGCUAUUACUUUUAUUAUGGGUAAUAAGUCUCCGUUUACCAAAUUGCUUAGGAAAUGCUAACAAAACAGAAAGAGCUACUAAAAGUCGAUUAAGAUCAUCGCAGCCUCCUUGGCGCUUAGUGACAUGUCUAUCGCAUUCUCAGUCUCCAACGAGAACGGAUGUCCAACAAGCAUGGGAACAAGCAAGACUAGAGUCUAUUUACAGCGAGUUGGAGAUGUCUUAUAUAGAAGGACGGAUGACAUCAAUAACAGACCCACAGUCAUAUCCGUUAGCUCUUAUUAAUAAAUUUUGUACAGUUAUUGAAAAUAGUAAAGUGAUAUUAAGUCUUGUGAUUGGUGGUGGUUCAGCAGCAAGAUUCUUAAUAACAGCUGCUGCUUCGCUUAAUAUUCCAUCACUCUGGUUACCAAUGACGCACCGAGAUUUUCUAAGACAAGGUAAACGUGGACGUUUUGAAACGCGUCUUGGUUCUGGUUCUGAACAAAUAGGUGCAUCAGCUAUUGCUUUAAUGGAAAAAGCACACUGGCAUGCAUUUACACUUUUUAUUGACACAACAUUACUACCAAUUCAUCACUUUGUACCUAAAAAUCAUGAUAAAUUACUGCCACGAAAAAUAAUUUAUCUGCCGACUAGUGAAAAGAGUCUUAAAUUAAGACUGAGAAAAGUAUCUGAUGAAGGUGGAAGUGGUAGUGUUAUUGUGUUGGCUUGUGAUUUAAAUGGAGCUAAAAAAAUUCUUUAUAUUGCAAAUAAAUAUCAAAUGCUCAAUGGUAGAUUUUUAUGGUUGUGGCUAGAUCUAAAAGCAGAAUUAAGACCGAAUGAACCGAGUUUAAUUAGUUCUCAUAUUAUGUACAGUUCUGCUUUAACAUCAGUAAAAAUAGAAAAUAAUCCAUCAGUUACUACAAGAAUGACAAGACACACUGGUGGUUUUUUUUUAAAUGAUGAAACUCAUUUACCUUCACUGUCUAAUUUAGCAAAUGACAUUCAUAAUCUUCAAGAAUACCGAUGGCAGCAUGAAAAGCCAAUAAAAAAACGUGAAGAUAAAACAUUUGUGUUUGAUGAUGAUGAAGAGGCGCGUAUAAGUGAUAAAAAUCUUAAUUCAAAGACUUUUAUGCCCGUCGGUAUGCUUGCUCUUAGGCCAUCGAGCAUGAGAAUAGCCGCUGGUGAUGCUAUACUAUCACGAAUGUUAAGAGAAACAUCUCAAGCACUAGAUAAUACUUUUUUGGAAUAUAAAUCGUCGUUAAAUCGCUUGAGGGAUACGCAGAUAAAAGAUUACUUUUUUCCCACAUGUUUUUUUACAACUGAUAAUUCAUCAAUUCCAGAGAUAAAAGAAAAUAUUUCUAAAAGCUUGACGAAGAAAUUGAGAGAAUCAAUGCGUCAGAUAUCUCACGAUAAAGCUGAAUUUCAAUUAUUAAAUUUACAGGCCUUGCAAUUUCCGGGUAAUAAAACGCAAUUGAGGUGGACUAAAGUUGGUUCCGUGAGAGGUGGUAAAGACGUUAGACUAGAUACAAUAACUUGGCCAGGAGGUGGAAUUGUACCAGCUUAUAUGGAACAAAGUGGUGAAAAAAUAGGAAUGCCAUGGUAUCAAAUUGUAACUGCAGUAGCACCACCAUUUAUUAUGGUUACAAAUCUGCAACAACAAUUAUGCUUAAGAGGGCUACCAUGUCGAAAAGGAGAGACAAUAAAAUGUUGUUAUGGUUUUACAAUAGACUUAUUGUCAUUGAUUGCCAGAGAAUUAAAUUUUCGUUUUGAUUUGUAUGUUGCACCUGAUGGUCUGUUUGGAAGAAAAAAUGGUCUUAAUGGAACCUGGAAUGGUGUGAUUGGAGAAUUAUUACAUGGUCGAGCUCAACUGGCUUUUGCACCAAUAAGUGUGUCAGCAAGACGAGCAGAAGUUAUUGACUUUACUAUACCUUAUUAUUUCAGUGGUGUUAGCUUUUUGGCUGCUCCAAAAACAAAUUCCCAUAUUUCACUAUUGGCAUUUCUUUUGCCUUUCAGUACUAAUCUAUGGAUUGCAAUAUUUACGUCACUCAAUAUAACUGCAGUUGUAGUAGCACUUUUUGAAUGGCAUAGUCCGUUUGGAUUGAAUCCUUGGGGCCGACAGCGUAAUAAAAAUUUUUCAAUGGCCUCAGCACUUUGGGUAAUGUGGGGAUUACUUUGUGGACAUCUUGUAGCUUUUAAAGCACCCAAGUCAUGGCCUAAUAAAGUUCUUAUAAAUGUAUGGGGUGGAUUUUCUGUAAUAUUCGUAGCCUCUUAUACUGCUAACAUCGCUGCUCUUAUCGCCGGUCUUUUUUUCCAUUCAUCAGUCAGUAAUUAUCAUGAUCGUAGUUUACUAUUACAAAAAGUCGGUGCACCACGAGCAUCCGUUGCAGAAUAUUAUGUUCAAAAAGCUAGCCCAGGAUUAUGGACACAUAUGUCACGGUUCUCGCUAUCUGAUGUUGCUGAAGGUGUUGAGAGAUUACUUAAUGGCAGCCUCGAUAUAUUAAUAGCGGAUACCCCAAUAUUGGAUUAUUAUCGUGCGACCGAUGAUGGCUGUAGACUGAGUAAGAUUGGUGAAACAAUUAAUGAGGAUACUUAUGCAGUGGCUUUGACUAAAGGUCACCCUCUUCAAGAAAGUAUUUCAAAGGUCAUUGCGAACUAUACAGCUAAUGGUAUGCUAGAUAUUUUACAAGAAAAAUGGUAUGGAGGCCUACCGUGUAUAGCUGGACAAGAAGGAAGAGAUGCAGUUUUUGGUUCAGGUUCGGGAGGCCACCCUCGACCUCUUGGUGUUAGAUCUGUGGCUGGAGUUUUUUGUUUAUUAGGUUUGGGUAUCGUUGUGGGUGGAAUUAUACUUGUAGGAGAAUAUUUAUUUUUUAAAUACACUCUACCAAGUUUACGGCAUAGACCUAAAACUUCUAUUUGGCGAAAUCGAAAUGUUAUGUUUUUCUCACAGAAACUUUAUAGGUUUAUAAAUUGCGUUGAACUUGUAUCACCUCGCCACGCUGCAAGAGAAUUGGUGCACACAGUAAAGCAAGGCCAUAUUACAUCGUUAUUUCAAAAAAGUGUUAAGAGGAAAGAACACGAGCGUCGUCGACGUAAGAGCCGAGGACAAUUUUUUGAGAUGAUACAGGAAAUUCGUCGAGUACAACAAGAGGUAAAAGAAGACGCUAAUGCAAAAGAAGUGGAAGCUAAUCGAAUUUCCAAAAAGGAUGAAAAAUAUUCUAAAGAAAAAGAACGCAGUCGAAGUAAAAGCCCAUUGAUGCCUUUGAGUCCAAAGAGGCCAGAGAAAAGUAGAAGCUCAAUUAAUUUAUCUAGUUCCCGACUUGGCUUGUCGCCAAUUAAUUUGGAAACGUCAAUGAAACCACGUGAAUUUACAUUAAGCAGUACAAAUCUCAGAGCUCGAAGUCCACUGGAAACGGUAGGACGAAGACUGAGCCACGGCGAUGAUGGUUCUCCUCCACCUCGUCUUAGUACAGCUAAUUUUGGUGGAAGCGUGACUCUUAGGUUAUCACCACCAGUUAAGUCUGAUUCAAUUAGUGGAGGAGUAUCUACUCCAAAGUAUUCACAUAGUCCCGCUAAACGGGGUCAGUCUUUUCCAGUUUUUGCAACUCUAAAACGACCCCUUCCACUACCAACAACAGCACAUCCAUCAAGUCAUCACGCAGUAUCAAAAAGUCCUCUUUUGUCACCUAACAAUGAGCUUACUGCUGCAAUUGGGCGUAAGCUGUCAAGAGAAUGGGGGUCAGGAACAAUUGAUCUAAGCUGGUCCUCAGAAGCAAUCGGGUCGUUUUCUACAUAUAAUCCUAGUAAAGAGAGUACAUUUAGUAUUGAAAGGCCAGCACGUAAAAAAAAUCAAGAAGAUCUUUUACCAUUGAAUAAAAAGCCUGUGAGACGUGCGCGUAGUCAUGAAAAUCGCGAUACAAGUGGUAAAUCAAUACAUGAUUCACCACCACCGAGAUUGAUGGCACAACCCUCAGUAGGGGGUAGGUCAGUAAGUGAACGUACGAAAAAACAACUUGAGUCAGAGCUCAAAGCUAUUUUGACCGCUAGGGCACAUCACCGGGAUUUACACCCUCCUUGAUAGGUUGACAACAUUCAGGAGUGGCUUCACUCAAAAGCGACAAGUUCUUUAUAUCGCUGCCUCUGAGGGGCUUUCAUUGAUUUAAGCAAUAUGAGAUUUUUAGGUCAAUUUAAUACGAUCUGGCAGUUUAUCCAAAUAUAAAAUACUUCAUUAGGUAUAUAUAUAUAUAUAUAUAUAUAUAUAUAUAUAUAUAUAUAUAUAUACAUCAAUCUUAUACCAACGUACCGCAGAUACGUCUGAAGAGAAGAGAUACAUAACUUUACAAUGACGUAGAUAGCCUUAUUUAAAGAGUCAAAAAAAUCUUAAAGGAAACUUAUGAUGAAUCAAAAAGCUUUCCGAUUCGUUAAUAUCUUGUUAUAUAAUUAUUAAUAAAGAAUGUAUUAAUUUAUGAAUUAAUGACAAACAAAAAGUGCUAUAAACGUUUUUCGUAGAAUGUGUCUUGAGAAAAAAAAUUAGAAACAAAUUAAUAAAAAUAACAAAAAAGUAAAAAAAAAUAAAGUUACGUAGAACGUUACAAGGUAAUUUCUCGUUAAUUGCAAUUUUAACUUUACAAUAACUGUUUCUCUACACAAGUCUCUUUUAUGUAAUAAUGUAGUUUUAAACAUUACAUUAAAAAAAUGUGCCAAAUAGUUUUAUUCUAUUUUAUAAUAUACAUUUAUCAUUUAUUAUCAUCAGUAUUAAAGUAAAUAUUAAGUUAUUAGAGUUAAAGGAUAAUUAAGUUAAAAUCUUAAGAUAAUCGAUACUUAUAAAUAUUAAAUACAAAUUUAAUGAAAGUUUUAAGGUCCACAUGUUUUUUAAAUUGGACCGCACACUGCCAUCAGUUUUAAUGUAAUUUGGACGAACAUUAUCAAUAAAGCGACUUGAUAUUGUUGGCUAAACAGCGUAAAAAGUCCACUCACUAGAAAACAUAUAAUCUUAAAUCUCUGCAUCAUGGCGAGAAUUCAAUAACUAUUAUCGAAAUGAUAAUUUAUUAUUAUUAGAAAAACAUGUUUUCAUAUAGAUCGAGAUAAUUAAAAUAAUAAACAAAAACAAUUUUUUUCUCAAAAAUAAAUUAAAUACUAAAUCAUGCACCUUAUGAUUUAAACAAUAUUAUUUAAACAAAAAGAUAUAAUUAAUGAAUAAGUAUCGUUACACUUCGAAAUUGGACGGAUUAGUUAGAAAUAAGUGUUAGAAGGCAUUUAAAUUGAUCCAGAUAUUAAUAAGUCGAUUUCUGCUGAAUCAAUCAGAUAUAAUAGCAUCGUUGUGCUGGACUUAAUUAGAUUUAAAUGGUAAAUCAAUCAUAGUAGGUAGAUAAAUAUUACUUGACUCCUUCUAUAUCAUCUAAAAAUAAUUUAAAAAUUUUCGUAGUAGUUAUUAAAUAUCUUAUUAAAUCCCAAAUAUGUUUUACCUAUUAGAAUAUGUAUGUCUGGGACUAAGUAAUAUAAUCUAAAUUUUAAUUUGGAAUAACUCAUAAGCGAGGCCUUAGUAGUAGUCGUAUCCGCCCGAUUUUAAUUAGAUAAUUAUUGUUAUUGAAUACUUUAUCUACACAGUCACUAUUAAAAUGUUAUAUAUUGCUUCAUUUCAUAAGUUAUUGAUUAUUAGAUAGUGAUAUUGAUAUUUAUUCUUACAAAUUUCUAAUGGAAAUUUUAGAUUUGCGCACAUGCUUAGCCUUUCAUAAAUUCAAUCAAUUUCAUUGAUUGAUGUAUUGAAUAAACUAACAAAUUUUACUUGUUAUAUUAAAAAAAAAAAUCAUCUAAGAAUAAUUAAAUAGGAACUCAAUUAUAAAUAUAAUUUUAGGUUGCCACUUGAAAAAAAAAAAAAUUAAUAACAGCAAUCAAUGAUUCGUAUGUAAAAUGCAUAUAUAAAUUUUCAUAAAAGUCUGUAAAUGUGAAUGAAGUGAAUAAAAAAAUAAAAAUAAAUAAUGAAAACUAUUCAUAGAUAUGUACAUAGAAAUAAAUGAAUAUAUAGCUGGUUCAAAUAAUGUUAUUUUAAUUCGAUAAGUAAUAGAAUAUUAAUUUAAAAGGGUAUUACAUACUUUGUAUCUAAAUUUUUGAAGCGGUUUAAGAAAAUAGUAGAGAUGAAAAAAAUUUUAAAAUGUGGACACAUUUUAACAGUGAUAGAAACAUAAAUUGUAAUGGGCCGAGCCUAAAAAUCAAAGAUAGACGUAUUUAAAAUGAAAUAAAAAUAUAAAAAAUGAUAGAUUUAUUAAUUCCUUGUGCCGGGGUUGGUCAAUCUGUGAAUCGACCAGGUGGCUGUUUCUCAUUUCUUAACUGACAAAAAAAAAAAAAAAAAAAA